CAAAAAGCAACGCCACGCCACGCCACGCCACUGCAGCGUCCGCGGGGUUUAGGGAGGGUUCAUGGCCUUCUCGUCGGAGGCGUGGAAAUCCUCCGCCACUGCCGGCCACGGCGACGGUGACGGCGACGGCGACCGGACCCCUCCUCCGACGCCCCCGCUGCCGACGCCGCUGCUGCCUCCUACGCUCGCUCCACUGCAGCGUUCGCUGGUUUUUGGGAGGGUUGAGGGCGAGGCGAUGUCGUCGGAGGCGCGGGAAUCUUCCGCCACCGCCGUCGACCGUACCCCUCCUCCGACGCCACCGUCGCCGCCGCCGCCGCCGCCGCCUCCUCCUACGAACGGGACGCUCACGCCGCCACCGUCAUCGGCACCAAGCGGCGGUCGUGCUACCUCGUCGGAGGCGCGCGAAUCUCCCCACGCCACCAGCGUCGACGACGGCGGCCGCGCUCCUCCUCCGCCGCCGCUACCUCGUCCUACAAGCGCUCGUGCUACGCCUGCGACCACUCCCAGCGCGGACGGCUCCUCCUCCUCCUCCUCGUCGACGUCGGGCGGGUCGCUUCCCCGCGGUGAAAUGGCGCACGCCGUGGAGUCCAUGGAGAAGCUUCGAGCCGCCGUGUCCAAGCUCGACGAGAUGAGUGACGAAGACAAGGACUCCUUCAUGCACCUCGUCUCUCGCUACCUGAUCAGGGAGGAGAAAGAGAUGAUCGACUGGAACAAAGUUGAGCGACCCACCCCUGAGAUGGUGGUGCCGUACGACUCACUGGUGCAGGCUCCCCGAGAUAUCCCUGAGAUUAGAAAUCUGCUUAAUAAACUUGCUGUGCUCAAGCUUAAUGGAGGACUUGGGACGACCAUGGAGUGCGUUGCUCCCAAGUGUACGAUUGAAGUCCGCAGCGGCCUUACCUUUCUUGACCUUGCUAUAAUGCAGACUGAGUUUCUGAACAAGAAGUAUGGAUGCAGCGUUCCUAUCCUUCUAAUGAACUCAUUCAACACCAGCCUUGUGAAUAAGAUCGUGGAGAAGUACACAAACAUUGAAAUUCACACUUUCAAUCAGAAUAAGUACCCUCGUAUCAUUACUGAAAAGUUCUUGCCACUUUCAAGCGAAGGAAGUACAGGGUCCCAUUGCUGGUAUCCCCCAGGCCACGGUGAUGUGUUUUUCUCAUUGUGCAAAAGUGGAAUACUUGAUACCAUGUUGUCACAGGGCAAGGAAUAUGUCUUCAUAGCGAGUUCAGAGAACUUGGGCGCUACAGUCGAUAUUGAAAUCCUAAACCACUUGAUCCAUAACAAAAAUGAGUACUGCAUGGAGGUUACUCCAAAAACAUCGGCUGAUGUUAAAGGUGGUUCUCUCAUAUGUUAUGAAGGGUUAAUGCAGCUGUUGGAGAUUUUUCAGGUCCCUUAUGAGAAUGUAGAUGAAUUCCAGUCAAUUGAGAACUUCAAUAUGCUCAACACUAAUAACCUGCGGGUGAACUUGAAGGCCAUCAAGAGGCUGGUAAAAGCUGAAGCACUAAAGAUGGAAAUCAUUCCAAACCUAAAGGAAGUUGAUGGUGUGAAAGUCUUGCAACUUGAAAAGGAAGCUGGUUCAGCAAUACAGUGCUUUGAAAAGGCCAUUGGUGUUACUGUUCCUCGCUCAAGGUUCCUUGCAGUAAAAAAUACAUCCGAUCUGUUCCUCAUCCUGUCUGAUUUAUAUAUUGUGAUGGAUGGCACUGUAACCCGUAACCCAGCUAGAGAUAAUUCAACAAACCCCUUGAUUGAUCUUGGACCUGAGUUCAGAAAGGUUGACAGUUUCCUUGACCGAUUUAAAUCAAUCCCUAGUAUUGUUGCGCUUGAUAGCUUGAAAAUCUCUGGGGAUGUUUGGUUCGGUUCAAGAAUUACUCUCAAGGGUGAGGUGACGAUUGCUGCCCAGUUAGGGUUAAAGCUGGAUAUUCUUGAUGGCAGUGUUUUUGAUAACAAGCAUUCAACACAUAGUUCUGGAGCCAUCAAAUAUACAAUGAAAUUGGAUGAGGGAGCGGACUGUGCAUCUAUUGAUUCUGCGCUCAAUCGGCUGAACCCAGGAUCAACUUUGAUCCUAAAGAAAGAUGAUUUCUAUCGAUACAUUGACCCAAUUCAGGCACGGAACCGGGCAAUGUUCCAUUCAGAAAGCAGUAAGCCCUCAUCCAGCAACAACGAGUUACUCCAAGACAAUGGAACUCCCUUCACUCCAAAUGAUAAUAGUGACAGGAUACAACCCCUACCCCUUGCUCCCUUCUCUUCUUCACUUGGCUCUUCAUCACUGCUUCCCUUAUAUCACUCUAGAGCCCGUCGAGCGCCUUACUGGUAUACACGAUUUAUUUUCGUGAAUCCGCGAGGGGCACUGCAUUCACAAUUUAGGUGGCUGUGGGGGCGUAUAAAGUUUAGCAGUGCGAAAGAUCUUGCCAUAUUUUAUGGUAUUUAUCAUAUCGUACUGUAUGGAAUAGAUUGCAUUAUCACAGCAACUUUGAAGGACAAUUGGUUUGCCAAACUGGUGCAAGGAAAGCUGUGGCUUAUAAUAUUGGUCUUUCAUCAGUUCAAGUUGCUUAGCCGCCGGCGCCUCCGCUGGGGUGAGAGGAGGAGGAGGACGCUCAGAUCUAUUCAUCAGGAUAUCCAGAGUUACUUGGACAAUUACUCUGACUCCGACAUGUGGCAUUUGAUUGUACACAGUGUUGCUAGAGUGAUAUCCAAUGUGCUGGAAGAUGUAAACCGCAAAUAUAUGAAGAAUCACUACCUAGGCUUUCUUGCCAUACAUUCAACGGUGUUUGCCAUCGAAGUGAUAGGUUCAUACGCUGUUGAACUUAAUUACGACAUUGAGCACUAUGCAGAACCGCCAGAGUUAUAGACAGGUACUCAAGGUCCCCUUUUUACAAGGGGAACCCAAAAUCAAGUUCAAGAUCAUGAUGCCUGCACAGCUCAAUCCAGUACCUGAUCCUGAUCCCACGCAAGGUAUCAAGAAGCCACAAGAGGUUUUAAGCCAAUUGCUAAUGCUACGUAUGAUGCCAUCUAUCACUUACUAACUCAUGAUGAUAUUGUUACUGUAAUCACACAACAUGUUCCUGAUGCGUUUCUGUGGUUAACUCCGUAUCAUGUUCUGAAUGCGUUUUUUUGUGGUUCAUGGUAUCCAUAUAUGCUUACACUAGCAUGACUCUGUCGUAUGUCGUAUAUCUCGUAUGUACUAUGUGCUUGACUGUGGCGUAUGUCUUAGUAUGUAAUUAUGUGCAAAUAAGUACUUCCUUUGUUUCAUAUUAUGAGACUUCUAGCAUUGCCUAUAUUCAUAUAUAUGUCAAUGAAUCUAGACAUAUAUGUGUGCUUAGAUUCAUUAACAUCUAUAUGAAUAAUAUAGGCAAUGCUAGAAAGUCUUAUAACCUGAAACGGAGGGAGUACUUUAUAGUACUUUAUCUUAUUAUCUGCAUUAUAGGGUUUUGUUGAACGGGGACAGCUGUUUGUAUAGACUAGUUGUGCCAGCUGAAUACUAUAAAACAUAAGUAUAAUGGCCAUAAAACAUAAGUAUGCGUAAAUAAUGUAU